AUGAAAGAGGAGAAGAACAUAACGAAAAAAGAAAAGAAGAAGAAAAAGGGAAGAAAGGAUGGCGACAAAGGAGAGAAAAGGAAAAAGAAAGGGUCGAAACGUCAAAAGAAAGAGAAAGAGAAAGAGGAGGAAUCAAAUGGGAACGGGGAAGAGAAAAAGAAAGGAAAUCCACCAAUGCAUGGCAAAACCAGUGUUGCCGCAUCCCUCCCACCGGUGACCGGUGUUAUGGUUUCUAGAAUGGAGACAUUGUACAGAAAGGUCGGGGGUGAUGUGGGUGGGAAUAAUAAGGCAAUGGGGGGACAAGCUCUGGAACCUCAAAAAAGCCUGAUGCCACCUAAGAGUGUUAUCAUAAAUUCUAAGGAAAGUGUAAAAGAUGACAGUAGUACGAAAAAGGCAAUGAAGAAAGAAAAGAUGAAGAAGAAGGAGAAGAAGAAAGACUAG